GGCUGCUUUCAUCGCUCCUGUCAUCCAAGGGACUCGCUGUUGGACAGGCUGGAGCUGAUCUCUGGGUGUCAUUAUCUGAAUCACCUUUUGGUUGACUUCCAGCAGCGGGAUGAAACCCACAUAGUGACAAAGGAGCUUCUCCUCCACGUCUUCUUUUCCUACACCAGCGGAGGUUUUACUCUCCUACAGGCGGAGAUAUGAGGAAUCCACUGGCCGGCAUAGCCCUGACAUUCUGGCUAUUUCUGGAGGUUGUUGAAGCCAAAAAGUACUGCUGGUAUUUUGAGGGUGGAUACCCCAUCUAUUUCAUAUGCCGUUCCUAUGAGGACUGCUGUGGGACACGCUGCUGUGUGAGAGCCCUGUCCAUCCAGAGACUAUGGUACUUCUGGUUGCUGCUGAUGAUGGGAGUGCUGUUCUGCUGUGGAGCCGGCUUCUUCAUCCGCAGAAGGAUGUACCCGUCCCCUCUGAGCGACGAGCCAGCCUUUAACGUGUCCUUCACCAGGCAGCCUGUCACCACGCCAGUUUCCCAGCAACCAGGAAGUAUGCAGGGCUUUGGCGUCAACGGGAUGACAGGCGACCAAGGUGUUGCCAUGACAACCCCCGCAUACUCAGCACAGCCUGGCUCCGCCCAUAUGAUGAUGGGCUCGUACCCUCCACCUCCAUCCUACUGCAACCACCCACCGCCGCCCUACGAACAGCUGUUCCGCAACACCGACAAGAAGUGACGUCGAACGCAGCCGCGAGGAAGCGUGUAGAGGUAGCUAACCAGGCUGACAAUCAACAGGGCAAGAGUGAGGAGAGCAAGACGGCGACGGGUGGCUGAAUUUUCUGGAAAGUCGUCAUUCAGAGGAGGGAAGAGGAAACGGCAGCAACUGUUUGAAACUGCUUUUCACCUUCUGGAUGGUGGACUUGGAAAAAAAAAAAUAGACGCAAUCUCUUGUCCUGUGGAACAGACCAAGACUACAUCAACAAGCAGAGUCCAAACACACACUCACACUCACUGACACACUCACACACACUUGCCUUUUAUGGAGCGCUUUAUUUUCUCUCUUUUCAUAUGGAUCUACCUGUAUACACUGACCAUGCCAGCCUUGGACUGAGGACCUGCGACUAUGGACCUUGGCACCUCAAGAUUUUGGAUCCAACUUUGAAAUAAAAAUGCAUUCACUGUUGCUUUCUACUUUUACAAUACAGCUAUAGCAACUCAUGUUUCAAUAACUGUACAUAAUGUGAUAAAAAAAAAAUGCAGUUAAAGCUCAUAAUGUAAUAUGAUGCUGGAAAAUUAACUUCUGUUCAGAUGUGUCUGUAGGUGUCAAAAAAAAAAAAAACAUUAGGUAUAGCACAAAAAAUACAUUUGGUAACAAAUUAGAUUACAAACUAUUUUCUUUUUCUGUAAAAAUUGCAAGUUUUAUUUAUGAAGUAAUAAUCUACAAAAUAUAUAACUUGUUGCAUCAUUUGACUAAAGCUGAUAAUAAUAGUAAUACUUACUAUUAUCACUAGCAGUUGUAGUAGUUGUUCUUCAUUUAAUUUAUAUUUCUACACAAAAGUUAAAAGUCCAUAGCAAAAGUAAAAAGAAAGAUGAAUUCUGUAAAAUAAAAACAGCAUUGGUGAAAAUGAUCAUUACUAUUGAGAUAAAAAAAAUAUUAGAUUUAGUAAAGUCCAAUUGUGUAGACGAUGUUUUGUACAAAGGGUUUUAAAAGUGAUUUCAAGGAUGAUGAUUUAUUUUGUGUUCCGCAUUUUACUACCACAUGAGCUCUUUAUUCGAUUCUGAUUUGUUAUUAUAUUUUUAUUACAAUAUGUGCAGUUAUUGCACAUAUUGCAUAUGUGCAGUGUGAGUUGCUAGAGUAGUCCGACUUUGAAAACCUUACUCUUUUCCCCCAUUCUGCUGCGAUGAAGUCUGUAUCUCACCUGUGACAUUACAGACAGCCCGGUUACAUCGUCUACGCACGGAAUGCAAAUGCACAGGCUGACGUCAGGGCUCACGUUCCAUCUGUUCCAUCUGUUGCACUGUCACAUGAUUGAGAUAGGGGCACUGAGUGAAAUAUGCUAGUAAAGAGCAACUGCACGUGUAGAAGAAGACAUCAUUUCUUAUGUUCCUAUAUAAACAAAUGGCGUUGGUGGCAGAUUUUGAAGACAAUAUGUCAGAAUUGAUUUGUAUCGUCUUUUCUGCAAAACUCUUGGGCAGUGAGCAUCAUGUAAAGCACACAUUCCUCCACUAUUUUAAGCCAUUUUUAAACCUCCUCUCUAGCAUGGUAUCGCCUUUGUAGAAAAAAAGUAUGUAAAAGUUCAGACUGGACCUACAGGAAUGUGUGUAGAAUGUAGGGAUGCACCAGUCUGCCUGUUUUCAGUCCCAGUCUGAUUCUGAUAGCUGGACUUGGGGUAUCGACUGGACACUGAGAACCAAUCAGAUACCAGAGCUCUUUUCUCUUGCUUAUUAUUAUUAGUAGUGGUAGUAGUAUUGUUGUUGUUUUUUAUAUUAUGUGCAAGGUUACUUUAGGCUGUUGUAAAGCACACAAAGCUUCUUUCUGAAAGAGCUAAAUCCUUAAAAAUGCAUUAAAUUGAAAUGUAUUCCAAAGCAAUUUAUUCAAACUGUAGGUUCAAAUAAGUAAUGUAGGCUUCACGUAUGAGCAGGUGUAGGAAUGCAGAUUGCUAUGGCAACUCCUUUAAUCUUUUGAAAAUUAAAAAAAAAAAAAAAUCAAGUGCACAGAUGCAUUAUCAGCUACUAGUAGAGGUCGCCCUCAGUAAUGACCACCACAACCUAAUUUUCUAAUUUGACUGCAGUUCCGGCACACACCACUGUGGCGCUGUGC